AUGGGUAAUUGUGUUUCGUUUCCUAACCAAACAUCCCAAGAAUUGGGUAUCAGUUCUUCAUCACUGAAACAAAACAAAAAUAAACAAGGAACUCGUUUCCACGAAGGUUCUCCAAGUGAGAAUUAUAUCAAUGCUAGAAAAGCUAAAGUUUUGAAACGACCAAAAAAGAUUCAUAAGGGAGUCAUUGGACUUCCUUCUAACUUUCAGCACACUGGACAUAUUGGAAUUGCUGAAAUGCGUAGUGGAAAAGUUGAUCCAGAGAAAAUUAAAACUCAAAUGGCCGAAGUUGCAGCAGCAUUACGUUUAGAAAUGCAAAUUACGAUGGAUCCGAUGGCUGAAGUUGUUGCAGCUUUGAAAAUACCGAUUGAUGGAAAUUUCGAAUCAUUCAAUGAAUACAACAAAUUUAAUUCUGAUGCUUUAAAUUCUG